AUGAAUCAAAUCUGGUCUACGGGUCCCUCAAAUUUUUACUUUAACUCUGAAUGGAGAGAAAAUAAGAGGAGUAAUAGGACAAUUGAAGAUUCUUUGAAAGAGCUAGAUGGGUUGAUUUGCUCUCUGGAGAGGACGCAUAUAGAAGUACAGACAAAUGCAAAGGCGAAAAAAAGCAUAACAGUUUCAAAUGACGCUGGUAAAAAAGAAAACGAGGGAGAGAUCACUAGUAAAGACUACACAUACCAAGGCAGUAGUGUGUCAUUGGCAGGUUCAAAUCUGAACCGGCACUUUUCUUCAAGGGGAUAUGAUCAAUCUGGCAAUGAUAACUACUAUAGGGAAUAUUUAUGUAAACCAAGGACUUUCCCACAAUUCACCAAAGAUCAAACUUUUAAUGACUUCAAUAAGAGGAAAAGCUCUGCCAUUAUUCCUCCCUGGUUGAAUAUUCCAGAAAAUUCAAAGUUUUUUGUCAUAAAAUCUUCAUCUCUAAAGCAUGUUAAAAGGUCGUUUUACAACGGAAUAUGGUCAUCCACACAUUUCGGUAACAAAAGAUUGUCUGAAGCAUAUAAGACGUUGAAUUCAGGAGGUAAGGUGUUUUUAUUUUUUUCGAUUAACACAUCAGGAAGAUUCUGUGGUGUUGCUGAAAUGGUAUCUGAUUUAAGGAUAGAUCUGGACACCAGUAUUUGGGAAGAUGAACAAAAAUACGGCAAAGCGUUCAAAGUGAGAUGGGUAAUUGUGCGUGAUGUUAAUAACAGGUCUUUAAAGAGGUUUUUAAUACCAUCAAACGAAAUGAAGCCAAUAACUCACUCCAGAGAUACCCAAGAAAUUCCAUACUCAAUUGGAAUUUCAAUAGUAAACUUAUUCAAAACGCAAGAUUCAGAUAUUUUUUCCUUUUUGGACGAAUCGUAUGAAUAG